AUGGCGGCACUAGGCAAGAAGGAGCUCGUGCGGCUGCAGUCGAGUCAAGAUGCGGAGCCAAGUCCGAUAUCGAAAGGAAAUAAGACAAGUAAGGUACAAGGACGGCUAAAGGAAGUGCAGGACGACGAGGUAUCGUCAAGAGUUUGUGGACCAUUCGACCGCCGACGAGUCCAGCGGGUCAAUGCGAGGGCGGAAAGCAUCGUGAUAGGCUGGUGGGUAGCUCAAGGCAGCGCAAGGAUAACGCGUGAGUACAAGCAGCCAGUUAUGCACUUUCGACAAGACGGUCGAGAUAAAAAGCCAACAAGAGCACAAUCAGCGGCGGGUACCAAGUCGCACACUCUCACCAGCAAGGGGGAGCAUUGA